AUGGCGUCUUCCGUGUAUUCCUCCCUGAACACGACACGCGCUAGAACCUUCGUGCAACGUUUGCCGCUUUUCACACGCCUCGUAAUUCUGAUUAUUUUUCUGGCUUGGGCUGUAGGAUUGCAGUCAACAUGGGAUACUCGGCAAUGGGGGUCACUGGUCCCUGACCAGCUAUCAUUCACUUCAGCUUAUCGGAUCAAUACCUUUCCUUUUAUCCAUGUCAAUCUUAUACAUACAAUCUUGAAUAUCCUGGCCCUAACGCCAUUGAUGGACCGAUUUGAAUCAGAGUUUGGCACUUUAACCUCGAUAUCCCUCUUCAUCGGCCCUCUGACAACUAUUCCUGCCAUUGCCUACACCAUUAUCGAGUUGCUUAUCCUCCGACGAAACACUCCGGUCAUGGGGGCUAGCAUCUGGGUCUUCCUUCUCCUUGGUGUCGAAGCCAUUCGGACAUACAAGACGAACCCUCAUCUGACAAUUGGCACGUGGAAGAUACCGACAUGGACAAUACCGCUGAUCGUAGCUGUCGUGGUCUCAGCUCUUGUACCUGGUACCAGCCUCCUAGGCCAUCUAUGCAGUCUUGGGGUGGGCUACCUUUUUGGACUCGGCUAUCUUAAGUUCCUUGCACCCCCUGAAUGGGCUCUGCGCUGGGUGGAAUCAAAGCUGAAUCUUCUCGGGCGUCUCCCGCACUACGUCAGCGUGGAUCAGAAGACAUACGGCCGUUUUGGCUUGUUGCCGUCAGGUGGGCACGCCAGCAAUAAUGUGCCGAUGUCUCUCGUUGGAUCAUCGCAGCGAUUAGGAGCUUAG